CCUUCCCUCUCUUUCUCCUUUCUGCUUCUCUUUCUCUUUCUGUCUCUGCUUUUGCUUAAGCUUUUAUGCACCAAACCAUCAUACUCAUUACUCUUCUUCUCUCAUCUGCAAUCAUAUAUAUCAAACCCCACAUUUGUAUCUUCCACCACCCCAAAUUUCACUUCCUCUUGCUUCUCUUUCUCAAACCAACCUGUUGGCUUUGGAAGCCUUUCUUCUCUCUCUUUCUCUGUUUCUCCACAUAACCCAACAAGAAAGAAGAAAGAAGAAAAAAGAAACAAUCUUUUUAGCUGCAACAUUUUAAAGUUUCAGCCUUUCCAUACUGAUUGACAAAUUGCUGAUCGUAUCAUGGAGAAUGAGUUUUUUCUAAAUGCUGGAAUCCCACCUCCACUUCACUUUCAGCAAACAUCUUCAAUGCCGGCAUGGCGUUCUUCGUUCUCGACCGCCAUGGACAUCCAAGCCGCCGCCACGGCAGACCGGAAUUGCUCAUCAGAGCAGUCACCGGAUUGCUUCUUCAAUCCCAACUGGGACAAGUCAGCCGACCAGAACAUCCACUUCGAGUCAGCCCUGAGUUCAAUGGUGUCUUCUCCGGCGGCAUCAAAUUCCAACAUCUCCAAUGAGAGCUUUGUGAUCAGAGAGUUGAUAGGGAAGCUUGGAAACAUCGGGAGCUCCGGUGAGAUCUCGCCGCACUCUCAGUCCUUGUUGGGAAUUCAGGCGAAUACUUACAUGGGUAGAAAUGGAAAUGGAAAUGCAAGCACCAACACUUCAUGUUAUAGUACUCCUUUGAACUCGCCUCCCAAGCUGAGCUUGCCCAUCAUGGAUCAUCAUUUGAAGAAAGAAAAGCUGCCCAAUUUGGGAAAGUCCAUGCCUUUGAAUUCUAGUGUGGCUGAGUUCUCAGCUGACCCUGGAUUUGCAGAAAGAGCUGCUAAAUUUUCAUGCUUUGGGAGCAGGAGCUUCAAUGGCAGAACAACCCAACUUGGAAUGAACAACAACAACAGCAACAGCAACAAUACUGAGCUGCCUUAUAGAUCUAAUGCCAUUAUGGGAAAUGGUAAGCUUCCUCGGGUUUCGAGCAGCCCUGCUCUUAAGGCACUUGGAUCUCAGACAGGUCUGCAAGAAAAGAUGAAUUCUUUGCUGCAGGAUCGAAAUGAAUUGCCCAUUUCUCGAGAGGAAUCAACAUUUUCUGAACAAAACCCAAAUGGGGAGACAGGGUUGGUAGCUUCCAAUUCCAUGGAUUUGAAUUCCAGGAAAAGAAAAUCAGUUUCCAAGGGAAAAGCUAAGGAGCCUCCACCAAUAUCAUCCCCAUCUCCCAUUGCUACAAAGGGGGCUGCACUUAAUGAUAAUUCUAAUGCAAAGAGAAGCAAGCCAAAUGAAAAUAAUGGGAAUGAUCAAAAUGGCUCUGUAAAAGCAGAGGAGGAUGCAAAGGGAAGUACAAGUAGUGAUGAGAAACAAACCAAGACUGGUCCAAAGCCACCUGAGCCUCCCAAGGACUACAUUCAUGUAAGAGCAAGAAGGGGUCAAGCCACUGACAGCCAUAGUUUAGCUGAAAGGGUCCGAAGAGAGAAGAUCAGUGAAAGGAUGAAGCUUCUUCAAGAUCUUGUACCUGGCUGUAACAAGGUCACUGGAAAAGCACUUAUGCUUGAUGAGAUUAUAAAUUAUGUUCAGUCAUUACAACGUCAAGUCGAGUUCCUCUCUAUGAAGUUGGCUUCUGUGAACACCAGGCUGGAUUUCAACAUGGAUGCUCUAAUGUCAAAAGAAAUAUUUCAACAAAACAACUCUUUGCCACAACAUCCAAUAUUCCCAUUAGAUUCCUCGGCACAAGCCAUUUAUGGCCACCAGCGCCAGCAAAAUCCAGCACUACAGAACAACAUUUCUAAUGGAGCAGUGGACCCCUUAGAUACCUCACUAUGCCAAAGCCUUGGGAUGCAGUUACCUCCACUCAGUGGUUUUAGCAGUGAAGGCAUUCCUCAGUUUCCAGCAUUUGGUGAAGAUGAUCUGCAAACCAUUGUCCAAAUGGGGUAUGGUCAAAAUUCAAAUAGGGAAACAGAAUUGGAUGGUUCAAAUCAAGUAUCCCACAUGAAAAUUGAGCUCUGACCACCAUUUUGUCAGUCUUUUCCAUAAUGGACAGAGGGGAUACUGUUGUAUAUACAAGAUAUAAAAAUUUGAAGAUUGCAUGGACUGCUACUGAGCCUUUUAUCAUUUGCUUGGUACCAAGAAGCCCUUUAUCAUCUUUAGGUCUAUUGAUCAAAGAGAGCCAUUAUUUUUUUCUGCCCUUCAAUUUCAUCAUCUUUUUCUUUCUUUCUUUUUUUCAAUGUAAUUUUGUUGUCUAAUUUUCAUCCACUGUAAAAUCCCAGAAGCAAAUUUCUGUAUUCUGGUGCAAAUUAAGUCUUUGCUUACAGCACCAUGUAAAAUAACAAAUGCUAAUUAAUUAGAUGAAGUGCUUUGUCAUUUCAUUUCAAUGAGAAAUUUUUGUCUAUUGUCAUU